AUGGGCAUCAAGGACAUGUACCUGCUCGCCUACAACGCGGGCAUGUGUGCUGGCUGGGCCACAAUCCUCGUAAAGGUCAUCGGGCAUUUGGCGGAGGGUCGAGACGUCGCCUCGGUGUACCCCGAGAUUGCGCGGCUGCUGUGCGUUGCGCAGACCGGCGCCAUUGUCGAAAUCUUUCAUGCCGCCUUCGGGGUCGUGCGCAGCCCAGUCGGCACGACCUUCCUGCAGGUCCUGUCGCGCCUCAUCGUACUGUACGGUGCCGUGCGCAUCGGAGACACGGACUCCACGAAGAGCCUCGUCUUUGUUCAGAUGCUGGUCGCCUGGUGCCUGAGCGAAGUAAUUCGCUACUCCUUCUACGGCGCGAACCUCCUCAGCGUCAGUGUUGCGCCGCUGACGUGGCUGCGCUACUCCGCCUUCAUGGUGCUCUACCCUGUCGGCAUCACCGGAGAGAUCGGCUGCCUUUACAAGGCGCUGCCGUACAUCCAGAAGCACAAGCCGUGGACCGUGGAACUGCCGAACAAGUUGAACUUCACCUUCUCGUGGUACAACUCCGUGUGGUUUAUCCUCCUCGGCGUAUACCCCUACGGCAGCUACGUCAUGUACUCGUACAUGCUCGCGCAGCGCCGCAAGACUUUGGCGAAGGCCGCGUCCGAGAGGUCGAAGAAGUCGGCGUAA